AUGAGAUCUGACCCUACUUACUUUACUGACCUGUCAGACCCUGGACGUGAGGAGGAGAGACCCAGGCCACAUGAGGGAUCCGGACAGGACCCAGAAUCGUUCUCCUUUAAAUUCCCUGACCCGCCGUCCAAGUAUAACUGGGUGGAGGUCCGCGACCCGAAGCGGCUGAGCACCCAGGACUUCACCAUCGCCUGGCACAUGCGCACGGACGGCCCGGGCACAGGCACCGUGUUCUCCUACGCCACCGAGCAGCAGGACAACGAGAUCGAGUUCUACGGAGACUCCACCGACAAGUUCUUCACCUUCCGCGUCAACGACUACCUAGCCGCCGUCAACGGAGAUACCACCCUGACGGACGGGGGCUGGCACAUGGUGGUCUUAAGGUGGCAGAGCAGUCCGUACGGUACGUGGCAGGUGUACGUGGACGGGAAGAAGGCGCUAGAAGGGAACGGCCUGGCGCCGGGACACCGGAUCAGGGACGGAGGCACCUGGAUUCUGGGACAGGACCAGUCCUUCCCCGGAGGAGGCUUCGAGCAAAGAAAGUCCUACGCCGGAGACAUUGCGGAGUUCUACGUGUGGGACUACAGCGUGAGCGACAAUCAGCUGACAGACAUUUUCGACGGGAGGCUGAGAGGAAACAUCAUCGACUGGAGAAGGGCCAAUCUUCACCGCGUGGGAGACGCGGAGAGGUUUCCUUACCUCAUCACAGUCACAACAUAUGUUGAAGAAGCCGACCCGUUGUAUCCAGGACCGGUAGUUUCCCCCGAUAGACUAAGACCUGUAACGAGUAGCCCCCUCGUACCGGACGGGUCAGGAGUUGGGCCUGACGACACAGGGAGACGACCGCCGGUUCACACAAUACCCGCCCCACCUACAGACGGACGAAUUGACACUGACGAGGAUAGCCCCUUUGGUAAUGUUAUACCUGGAGCCAUACCAGAUAGGGUAGCCCCAGGGGGGAGACCACACCGCCCGAGACCUGUAGGUAGAACAACGGUUGCGCCAGACGAGUCUGAUCCUGACAGGAUAGCUGUACUUCCAGGUAGAGGAGUUACCCGCGAUAGAACCACCCCAGCACCAGACGGGGUUGGGAGGCCAGACUACAGGCCUGUAGACCCUUCGGAACCGGACAGGCCAGGAUACAGGCCAGACGACCCGGAUAGAAGACCUGAUGUGCCAGGCUACAGGCCCAUAGACCCUUCUAGACCUGACAGGCCAGGAUACAGGCCAGAAGACCCGGAUAGACCUGAUGUGCCAGGCUACAGGCCCGUAGACCCAUCGAGACCCGACAGGCCAGGUUACAGGCCAGGAGACCCUGAUAGAAGACCCGAUGGGCCAGAAUCCAGGCCAGAAGACAGAGAUAGGUACGGCAGGCCCACGGAAACACCAGACAGGCCUUGGUACAGAACUACAGUGGCACCAGAUAUGUAUGGAAAGCCUCGGUACAAAACUACUGAGGCUCCAGAUGGAGCGUAUAGACCUCGUCCUGGGCCCACAGAAGCACCAGAUGGUUCUGAACCUGAUAGGCACGCUGUACUUCCGGGUAGCGGUAUUCGCCGCGAUAGGACAACUCCAUCACCGGACGAGGAGCGUGAGAGGCCUGACAGACCGCGGCAUUGGCCCACGGAAAGACCAGAAGUGGACAGGCUCCAACACAGAACUAUGGAGACACCAGAUAUGUACGAGACACCAACACCGGCACCAGGUAGACCCUACAGACCUCGUCCCAGGCCUACAGAAGCACCGGACGGUUCGGGACCUGGUAGGCACGCUGUACUUCCAGGCAGCGGCAUUUCCCGAUAUAGAACAACCCCAGCACCGGACGGUGUGGAUGCGGGUAGCCCUGACAGGCCUGGCUUCCGGCCAGACGACCUGGACGGACCAGAAGAUGGUAGGCCCCGCCACAGACCCACAGAAGCACCGGAUAGAGCUGAAGGACGUGAAGACCUGGGAGGUGAAGGAGCUGAGGGACCAGACAGAGAGGAUAGACCCCGACAUAGACCCACCGAGGCACCGCGUUGGCCUUACAGACCAGGGAUGGACAGACAAACAGAAGCCCCAGAUGUUGGUCGACCCCACUACAGACCUACAGAGGAAGAAGAGAGACCAGGACCCUACAUUCAUUCGAGGAAACCUGUGACAGAGGGGCCCGAUGGAGACAGACUUGUGACAGAGGCACGUGACAGGGAAGGUUCACUAAUACCCGUGACCGAUGCACCUGGAAGGGAAGGUGCGUUAAUACCUGUGACGGCGGUACCCGAUACAGAACGAACGACGAGACCAUUUACGGGUGAACAGGAUGGUGAAGACAGGCUGAGACCUGUGACGGAAGAAACAGAUGUAGAUAACAGGCUGAGACCCGUAGCAGAGGUACCAGAAGAUGAGGACAGGCCAAGACCUGUGACGGAGAGACCGGAAGGAGAGGAUAGGCCAAGACCUGUGACGGAGAGACCGGAAGGAGAGGACAGGCUGAGACCGGAUGGAGUGGACAGGCCAAGACCUGUGACGGAGAGACCGGAAGGAGAGGAUAGGCCAAGACCUGUGACGGAGAGACCGGAAGGAGAGGACAGGCUGAGACCUGUGACGGAGGCACCGGAAGGAGAGGACAGGCUGAGACCGGAAGGAGAGGACAGGCUGAGACCUGUGACGGAGAGACCGGAAGGAGAGGACAGGCUGAGACCGGAUGGAGUGGACAGGCCAAGACCUGGAGAGGAAAGGUUGAGACCUACAACGGAAGAACAGGAUGUGGAUAACAGGUUGGAGCCCGCGGGAGAAUCACGAGAAGAUGAUGACAGGCCCAGGCCUGUGACUGAGGAACCGGGUGUGGACAACAGGCUGAGGCCCGUGGCAGAAGUACCGGAAGAUGGUGACAGGCAACCUGUGACGAAGGCACCAGAAGGAGACGACAUGCUGAGAGCUGAACCGGAAGAACCCGAUGUGGAUAAUAGGUUUGAGCCCGCGGGAGAGUCACGAGAAGAUGACAACAGGCCCGGUCCUGUGACGGAGGCACCAGAAGAAGACGAACUGAGACCAGCGACGGAUGAAGAAGACAGGCUGAGACCUACGACGGAUGAGUCUGGAAAACCUGGUUCCAGACAACCAGAUGGCUCCGUCGUACCAGGACGACCUCUGACACCUGGGUCCAGGCGGCCAGACGGAUCUGUCGUCCCGGAAAUCCCCUCAGGAACCAACCGACUGCAGUUCCCCAAACCUCCAUCCACCGACAACUACGCCGAGGUGAAGCCUUCCCAGCCGUUCAGCCCGGAGAGCUUCACUAUCUCCUUCCUCAUGAGGUCAGCGGAGCCUCUGUGGCGUUUUGACGGGCAGAGGUGGACCUCCGUCCCGGGCGCCCCAGCCGGCACAGGCACGGUGUUCUCCUACGCCGUCCCGGAGGAGGACAACGAGAUCCAGUUCUACGGAGACUCGACCUCUCGCAUUUACAAGUUCCUGGUGGAUGGCAAGCAAGUCGACGUGGACAUCCCUCAGGUUCUUGAUGGCGAGUGGCACAAUGUGGUGAUCACUUGGGACGGGCGGACCGGGGACUGGGAGGUGUUCGUCGACGGGAUAAGGCGUGCUGAUGGCCGGAGGCUGGCGCCGGGCCACACCGUCCGGCCUGGCGGGACCUGGAUCCUCGGGCAGGAGCAGGACACCGUGGGCGGAGGCUUCGAACCCUUCCAGGCGUACGUGGGCGACCUUACAGAGUUCCACAUCUGGAAGAGGGUUCUAAGCAAGAAGGAGAGAGACGAGGUCCUGGCAGGGAGGCUGGUGGGAAAUGUUCUGGACUGGCGAACUACUUAUGUGGACACAAAGGAAGGUGCGCGGCCCAGACCCUACCUACCCGAGAGACUGUCUCCUCCAGCAGAGGUCUUUCCGCCAGGAUUCACUCCACCACCUGGAGGUGUCUAUCCACCCGGUGGUAUUCAAAGACCUGGAGGUAUUUAUCGUCCUGGAGAUCUCUCACCAACUGGAGAAAGAGUACCCAUCGAAAUCCCACCAGAAGGGGUUUAUCCGCCUGGAGUCACUCCACCGCCUGGGGGUGUUUAUCCACCAGGAGGGGUUUAUCCACCAGGAGGUGUAUAUCCGCCAGGGGGCGUUUAUCCACCAGGGGGUGUUUAUCCACCAGGAGGUGUUUAUCCACCAGGAGGUGUAUAUCCACCUGGAGAAGUUUAUCCACCUGGUCAAUAUCCACCCGGCACAAGACCUCCAGGAUCCUACCGGCUCCAGUUUCCAGAGCCAGUCAGCACAGACAACUACGCCACAAUCGACACAAGCACGUCCCGGGACUUUGAUUCCGAGUACUUCGUAAUCGCCUUCCAUAUAAGAACGGACUCUCCGACCACCGGAACAGUUUUCUCGUACGCCACGGAGGACGAGGUGAACGAAGUGCAGUUCUACGGCGAGCCGGAAUCGACCGUCUACAAACUCCGCGUCAACGGGGAGACCUCCGACAACAUCAACAUCGACAACCUUUCUGAUGGAGAGUGGCACACCGUCAUCAUAACCUGGGACGCGAGGCUUGGCAGCUGGGCGGUCCUGGUGGACGACGAGGAGCCGGGACAGGGACAUGGUCUGGCGCGUUUACACUCCAUCCGCCCCGACGGAACCUGGAUCUUGGGCCAGGAGCAGGACACUGUUGGAGGAGGGUUCGAGGAGGAACAGGCCUUUGUUGGCGAUAUUGCAGAGUUCAACGUUUGGGACACUCUACCAACUGAAGAUUUACUGGAGAAGUUGAAGAGAGGAGAGAGAGUGGACGGCACUGUCGUGUCCUGGAGAGAGACUGAAAUCAAACCCGAGGGAGAGGUCACACGGCAGCUGUACACACCGGGUGGGAAGGUACAUGAACGUACCGCCUGUGAGAAGGAGGUUGCCGAAGCUGUGCCCAUCCCCGGGUUCUUCCUGAAGGAGUGCGAGCCGCACGGCACGUACCGCACCACGCAGUGCCACGGGUCCACCGGCUACUGCUACUGCGCACACCCCGUGGAAGGGAAGGUUUACAGGGAAACAGGCGCGCGGUCGUGGGAGGGGGGCAUCCAGGAGGACUGUACCAAGUACUGGCUUAAGAGAGGACCUAAGACGCAAUGCCAGCGAGACCUGGCUAAGGAGUACCCGCCUGAUGCGUGGAUCCUGUCCUGUAACGAGGACGGAACCUACAAGACCAGCCAGUGCUACGGCUUCACCCACUUCUGCUACUGCAUACACCCAUUCUCAGGCACUGUGUUCCAGGAGACUGGCUACCUACCGCAGCCAGGCAGGUUCCAGAGGUUUGACUGUGACGAGUACUGGAGGACUCGCCAGCCUGAGGAGGUGACUUAUCUAACCUCGGAGACAUUUUCAGAGAUCGUCCUUGAGGCACCAGAGCUGCCGGCCCCCGUCGCUGCCUCACCAGUUGCACAUGGGUUUGACGUGCCCAGGCCGAGAUUCGACACGGAGACGGGAACGCUGCCCAGGAGACCAGUCUUGGAGUUCUGCAUCAGCGACAAUGGUAAGAGGUACAAUGUUGGUGACAGCUGGAGCGUGGACCCGUCCAACUGUACGCAGUGCAUGUGUGAGGAGUUCGGGCAGGUUUGUGUGUCCAUCAUGUGUGACUGGCCGUACUGUGGGGAGGGCGUCUUUCCUGUCUUCACCGAAGGAGAGUGCUGCCCGGGAUGUCCAGAGCCAGAGCCAGAGGAGUUGGAGCGCUGCACCAUGCCCGGUGAGGUACUAAACCCGGAGACGCGUGGGUGCGAGUGCGCGUCCAUCUGCCCUGCGCUGUACUUCCCUGUGUGCGGCUCGGACGGAAGGGAAUACUCCAACGAGUGCGACCUGAACGCCACCGCCUGCCGAGAGCAGAGGGACAUCAAGGUUGUCUCCAAGGUGUUUGUGGACGGGCCUUGUGAGAAAUCUCCAGGUGACCCAGCUGACAUGGACAGUAUGGCAGUGGCUUUCUCAGCACCCGUGGUCACUGAAGCCAUGGCGCUGUCCCCAACCUUCACCAGUGCCAGCUCACCUGCCAGACUCUGUACUGAUGCGUCUGUGUCCUUCUACGAUAGCUGCAGGAAAUGCAUCUGCCUGUCGCCUGGUUACUACGCCUGCUCGUCUGACACCUGUGAGGAGGAUAAGUGCUAUCAUCCCAUCCUCGGUGACAAGUAUAAGGAGGGAGAAAAGAUCAAGCUGGAUUGUAACGAAUGCGUGUGCUCCGAGUCUGGACAGUGGCAGUGCACAAAUUAUCCUUGCCCCGACCCUAACGGGGACUGCCAGUUCGGCGCCAAGUACAACGUGUACACGAAGGUGUGCGAGUGCAGGUCGGACUGCGCGGGGACCGUGGAGCCGGUCUGCGGGUCGGACGGGCUGGAGUACGCCAGCGACUGCCUGAUGAAGCUCCGCUCCUGCCAGAUGCAGAGGACCAUCUACGCCACGGGAUACCCGCCAUGCGCAGGUUACAACGCGGGUUCUCGCACAGCCGGAAGGUCCGGGCCUGAAACUGCUCCAGGAGUAGCCUAUGCAGCUCCUCUUCCUGAUGCAAGGCCUGAGGAUACCAGAGAAGAUGUGUGUAUUGUUGAUGGCAGUAUUGUCAAGCUUCACCAGUUCUACUUCGACGAAUGCAACAUGUGCACAUGUGUAGAAGGAGGAGAGGGCCUGUGUACGAGGAUGGCCUGCCCACCACGACAUUGUUACAGCCCGCAGAACGGCCGACCCUACAAACCAGGCAGCAAAAUCAAGACGGACAAGUGCACAGAAUGCACUUGCUCAGGUAGUGACUACAAGUGGCGAUGUCGCCAGCUGACAACACCGGAGUGUGUCGAACAGAGAACACCUGAAAUAGCCCGUGUAUUUGCCGGUGAUGUGGCGCCUGCACCACCGCGGCCCCGUCCUGGAGGUCCGUACCCGGAAAUCGCCAUCUGCCCUCCAGCACCUCCACCCCCCCCCCGUGAGCUGAAGAUCUGUGUUCACCCGAUGACAGGGAAGGAGUUUAAGGUUGGGGAAACACUGUACGAUGGAUGUAACGAGUGUCUCUGCCUACCCAACAAUGGCCUGGCCUGCACAAGAAAGUUCUGUCCCAAAGACAAAUGUUACGAUCCAACAACGGGCGAAGAACAUGAAGUUGGCCAAUCCAUAGACGUAGACUGCAACACUUGCAUCUGCGGUGAGCUGGGCGUCUGGGGCUGCACCCUGAUGUUCUGUCCUUCUGAGGAUCCAGACAGAGAAGAGUGUAGUUUUGGUGCUACACUAGAUGAGGAGCUGAACCAGUGUGUGUGCCCGCGUGCCUGUCCCUUCCUGUACUCACCAGUGUGUGGAGAAGACGGGAACACCUACUCCAACAUGUGUCUCCUGGAGAUCGCAAGCUGUGAGAAGCAGACAGAAAUCCGUGUGAAGUUUGAAGGAAGAUGCGAAAAAGAAACGGACGAGGAUGAUGAUAUUCUUCGACCGCCUGGGACAAGGCCUGGGGAUAGAAGACCAACUACUGGUGAAAGAAGACCCACUACAGGUGAUAGAAGACCCACUACAGGUGAUAGAAGACCAAGUCCUGAUGAUAGAAGACCAACUACGGGAGAUAGAAGACCGACUACAGGUGAUAGAAGACCAACUACCGAUGAUAGAAGACCAACUACCGAUGAUAGAAGACCAACUACUGGAGAUAGAAGACCGACUACAGGUGAUAGAAGACCCAUUACAGGUGAUAGAAUACCGACUACCGAUGAUAGAAGACCACGCCCUCCAGCGAUAACCAGGCCUGACGGAGUAACUGAAACCGGAGAGGAACCAAGACUGUUCUUCCCACCAUCCACAGGAGAGUCCUGCAGCUUUGGAGCUACCUACGAUGCAGAGACAGGCCAGUGCUACUGCGACAUCCAGUGCACGUACGAGAGCGAGCCUGUGUGCGGCACAGACGGUAAUCAGUACCCCAACCGCUGCCUGCUGAAGCUGGUCGCCUGCCAGAACCAGGAGGACAUCGAAGUCCGGGGACCACCACCCUGCGGGGAGGAUGAUGACUAUGUGGAACCUGAAGUUAUUGGUGGAGACGAGUGUCCGACGUCGUGUGCCCAGCAGCCCAUAGACCACAUCUGCGGUUCGGACGGGAGGGAGUACGGAAACCUGUGCAGUCUGAGGGCCGCCGCCUGCAAGGAGGGGAGGAACAUAGAUUACACCGGACCUGGGCCAUGCAGAGGUGCAUCCAGACCCUCCCCUGGCGACCGGGCCUGUCCCUACAUCAGGUGUUUCUUCCUGUACGACCCCGUGUGCGGCACCGAUGGGAAGGAGUACUUCAACAGGUGUGUGAUGAGGAAGUCCGCCUGUGUGCAGCAGAGAGACAUCAUGGUGUCUGAGGGGAUGAGUCCACCCUGCAACGGGGGUCCCUUCAAGUUGACUUUCUCCAGAGAGCUCUCCACCGACAACUUCGCGGAGAUUUCCGGGGACUUCGGCGGGCGGGGGAAGGGCUUCACCGUGUCGUUCCACCUGCGCACGGACUCCCCCUACAGCGGGACCAUCUUCUCUUACGCCACAGAGGAGGAGGACAACGAGAUUCAGUUUUAUGGAGAGACCGGAAACCGCGGCUUCAAGUUCCUCGUCAACAACGACCAGACAGACUUCAUCGACCUCGAGUUGAUAGACGGAAACUGGCACGUUGUCAUUUGGACGUGGAGGAGCAGGAGAGGAGACUGGAAGAUCUACGUGGACGGAGAAAUCAGGGCGUCUGGAACCGGCAUGGCUAUGGGGCACACUCUUAGGGAGGGCGGCGUGUGGAUCCUGGGUCAGGAGCAGGACUCGGUCGGGCAGGACUUCGAGCUGUUCCAGGCGUACGGCGGCGAUCUCGCCUCCUUCAACGUAUGGAACUAUGUCUUAAGCAACGAGGAGAGGAACAGGGCGUCUUCCUGCUCCUUCCAAGGAAACGUGGUGGACUGGCACAGCUCCACUCUCAAGCUGCGCGGGGACGUCAAGAGGUCGGCUUACAACUGUGGUGUUGGGCGGUGCCGGUACGGCGCGGUGUACGUGGCGGAGACAGGUGAGUGCCGGUGCCAGCAGGGUUGUCCCUACAACUACGACCCUGUCUGCGGCUCGGACGGACGGCAGUACCCGAACCCGUGCGCCAUGAGGGUGGCCGGCUGCACCAGACAGGUGGACAUCUACAGCACCGGACGGCCGCCGUGCAGCAAUGACGGGGCAGGAGGCUUUGGGGGAAGACCCGAUGGAAGCUCGUAUUACCCAGCUGGUAACACUGGUCCAGAAGUAAGACCGUACUAUCCAGGGACAGGUCAGAGACCUGCGUAUCCUGGUCAGACAGGGGAUAGACAGGUUCCCGGCUACCCACAGCAGGUGUACCGACCUGGACAAGGCACCAGGUACCAGCAGGAGUCUUUCCCGCCGGUCCCACCUCCAGGGAACAUCGGGGGUGACGUCCGCCCGCCGCCGAUCGCGCCCAUUUCCCCGUGGGAAGCAGAGUGCAGGUACGGUGCGACCCGGGACCUGACCACGCGGCAGUGCAAGUGUAACGAAGCCUGUACGUUUGAGUACAACCCCGUGUGCGGCUCAGAUGGAGUGCAGUACUCCAACCCGUGCGCGCUUCAGGUGGAGCAGUGCAAACAGCAGACGUCAAUAGACAACGUGGGACCUCCGCCAUGCGGUGUGACCUACAGUGGAUAUCUGUACCUGCUGGACAUCACAGUCAGACCUAACAGUGAGACACCGACCGUCGAGUUCGGCCGGAAGAUCCAGAAAUCCUUCCAGUUCUCCCUACAAGACCCGCGGGACACCAUCCUCUAUAUGUUGAAGGUUGUUGGAGAACCGAGGUACCUUAUAUUCUUGAACGUGACCUUGCCGACUGACCUUGACCACCUGAUGUACGACCUGUGGCAGAGCGACCCUGAUUACGUCAUGAACAUGACGAUGACGACCACGCCGCUGGUGUACUACCCAGCGUUCAUGCGCUCCACUCUGGGCGUGACAGAGGAGGGGGUUCUCAACAUGUUGGGGGGUCAGGAGGAGAGAGAGAUGUACUUUGUGGAACAGCAUACAAAGGGCUCAGGCGAGAAGCUUGAUAAGUUGCAAAACCUGUUCCAAAAGGCACUCCAAGUGAUGGCAGAAGGUCGGCAGAACCCGGAACAGGCCAGUCUGAUGCAGCCAUUCAAGGUCCUGGGCAGCAAAACGGCUGUUGUCCUGAUGUCGACUGCAGUCAACGAAGCGUUGGACAGAAUGCUGUUCCAGAUGCCCCAUGUACAGAAGUACGGUGACGCAAUGGAGAUGGACGUGAAGAGUGUCGUACCGUUUGAUCAGUACGACAGGCAAAUCAAAUUCCCCAACGCAGCCCCAGGACUCCCCGCAUUCCCCGGCGACAGCCCCCCCUGCCAGUUCGGUGCCCGGCGCGACUCGAGCGGCGGGUCCUGCACCUGCCAGGCGGGAUGUUCCCGUGAGUACGCGCCGGUGUGCGGCUCGGACGGGCACGAGUACUCCAACCCCUGUCUCCUGAAGAUGGAGGCCUGCAGGAAGGGCGUCGUCAUCGACACCGUCGGCAAACCGCCCUGCGGACCUGUUGCCUACAGCGGCUUCCUGUACAUGCUGGAAUUCGAGGUCACCCCGACCAGGAAUCUUUCCGUCGCCGACGUCGGGCAUCACAUUCGCGACGCCUUCCAGAACACCCUACAGAAUCGCCCCGGCCAACCGGACCAGAUCAUCUACAUGCUCAAGGUCAGUGCAAGGUCAAAUAUUCUACAUGCUCAAGGUCAGUACAAGGUCAAAUAUUCUACAUGCUCAAGGUCAGUACAAGGUCAAACCUUCUACAUGCUUAAGGCCAGUGCAAGGUCAAACCUUCUACAUGCUUAAGGUCAGUUCAAGGUC